GAAGGAUUUCGAGGUCUAUAGUUGCGACGUAUCCCCCGAUGGGAGUCGCCUGGUGACAGCAGCUGGAGGUCAGUGCCAGUCCUAUCCCUGCUUACCGGAGCAGCAGUCCGGGUCCGAUCGAACCGUUAUUGACUGGGAUGGCUGUCUCGUGGUCGAAUAUAGAUGGAUACGUUCGAAUCUGGUCUACAGAGGCCAUUUGCAAUACCGAUGACCCGCAGCGUGCCAGCAAGCCGAAGCAGCUAGCGUCCAUGAGCAACCACUCCGGAACAAUUCACACGGUUCGAUUUUCGCCCAACGGGAAAUAUCUGGCGUCGGGGGCGGAUGAUAAGAUCGUGUGCAUCUACACGUUGGACGCGAAUCCUCCGUCCCAUACGUCGACCUUUGGAUCGAACGAGGCACCUCCCGUGGAGAACUGGCGCACGAUUCGGCGAUUGAUCGGACACGACAACGAUGUUCAGGAUCUGGGGUGGUCAUACGAUUCGUCGAUUCUGGUUUCUGUCGGGUUGGACUCCAAGGUCGUGGUGUGGUCGGGGCAUACGUUCGAAAAGCUCAAGACCCUUUCAAUUCACCAGAGUCACGUCAAAGGGAUCACAUUCGACCCUGCGAACAAGUACUUUGCCACGGCCAGCGAUGAUCGUACUGUUCGCAUCUUCCGAUUUACUUCUCCGGCCGCGAAUUCCACCGCCCAUGACCAAAUGAACAACUUCAUCCUCGAACAGACCAUUUCCGCGCCGUUUUCGAACUCGCCCCUAACCGCCUACUUCCGUCGAUGCUCCUGGUCCCCGGACGGUAUGCAUAUCGCGGCUGCCAAUGCAGUAAACGGUCCUGUCAGCUCGGUGGCGAUCAUCAACCGGGGAUCAUGGGAUGGGGACAUCAACCUCAUUGGACAUGAAGCGCCCGUCGAGGUUUGCGCCUUCUCCCCGCGCCUGUACACGCCUCAGCCGGUCGUCAGAACGGCCGUCGAUAGCCAGGGACAUACGGUGAAUAAUGCCGUUACUGUCAUCGCCUGUGCGGGCGGCGAUAAAUCGCUGAGCAUCUGGAUUACCAGCAACCCUAGACCCAUUGUGGUUGCGCAAGAGUUGGCCGCCAAGUCGAUCUCUGAUCUGGCAUGGAGCCCGGACGGGAAAUGCCUCUAUGCGACUGCGCUGGAUGGGACGAUUCUCGCGGUCCGAUUCGAGGACGGGGAUCUGGGCUUUACGAUGGCGAUGGAGGAGAACGAGAAGUCACUUACCAAGUUUGGUACCAACCGUCGAGGCGCGGGAAUUACAGAGACUACAGAUGGACUGCUUUUGGAAGAGAAGAGUAAGGCUGGUGAGAUCAAAGGCGUUGAGGGUCGCAUGGGGGCUUUGAUGGGCGAUGAUCAUGCGGCAGCAGAUAGCGCGGUCAAUGGCAAAGCCGGCUCAGGGACAUCGAACGGUGUGACGCCCGCCCGCGCUCCGUCUCCCACCCCAGAUACACAGAAGGCUCAGCCGAAUGGGAGCGUGGGAACGCCAGCCGCGCCAGAACCAGAAAAGCCCGAUCCAUAUCAGGCCAAGCUGGAACGUCUGAAGCAGCGUCCCACGUACACCAAGGAUGGAAAAAAGCGAAUUGCUCCUCUCCUGGUGUCUGGUGCCGGGGCUGCCGAGUCCUCUCUCCCUCAAGCCCGCCUUAUGGCCUCGGUGAGCAGCCAGGUCAAGGCUGAUACGCCGUUGUCGAUUGUGGACCUCUCAAAGCCAUUUGACGGCCUGCCUAAGGGAGGGCUUGCCGCGUUGCUCUUCGGCAACAAACGAAAGCUUGCGCAACUGGAGGGUGAUGAUGAUGGGCAUAUUGAGAAACGUGUGGCUGUGGCCAGCCGAGAAGGCGCCACCCCUAUUCUUGCGAACACCCCGGAUGGUCUUCUCCCUGCGCAGCCCCAACCUGCCCCCACGGGUCAGCAACAAACCCCCGAGUUCAUCCGACCCGCCGUCAUGAACCCCUGUAUGGCUGUCAGCCAGCUUCGGUUGGCAGUCCCGAAGACCCGCAGUCUGAUUCUGCGUGCUAUUGAUACAGCGGGGAAGCCAACGGAACCGCCCAGUGCGUCGGGCGAACCCAACAAAUCGCGCGUGGACGUUGUCUUUGAAGCGCGCAACCCGUCCUCGGCCAGCCUGACGGGACGGGCUGUCGACCGAGAGCCCGUCCGGCUCACCCUCUUCCGUGGCGAACAUCCGUUAUGGCAGGAUUUCCUUCCCCGGAGUGUCCUUCUGGUGACCGGGAAUCACAGCAUGUGGGCUGCAGGCUGUGAAGACGGAUCUGUGUAUAUCUGGACGCCAGCCGGCCGUCGGCUGGUCAGUGCCCUUGUCCUCGAGGCGCAGCCAGUGAUCCUCGAGUGCAACGGCCCGUGGAUUCUCUGCAUCUCGGCCGUGGGCAUGUGCUACGUUUGGAACGUCAAGCAUCUUUCCUCUCCUCACCCCCCCAUCUCGCUCCAACCCGUGCUAGACGCAGCAAUCCACACGCUGGGCGCCCAUCCCACCGCUGCCCCCGCCAUCACCAACGCCCGGAUCAACUCCGAAGGCCGGGUGGUGGUCGCCUUGUCGAAUGGCGAGGGCUAUUCCUACUCCCCGUCCAUGUACACUUGGCAGCGGGUCUCGGAGGCGUGGUGGGCCGUUGGUAGUCAAUAUUGGAACACCACAGACACACCUGUCGGCAAUCUCCAGUCGACCGAUGCACAGCACGAUCCUGAUGCCAAGGCAGCUGUGUCGGCCGGCAUUGUACCGUUCCUCGAGCGCAACACGACCAACGAGAUGCUGCUGCGUGGACGGGCUUACUUCUUGCAACGACUGAUCAAGGUCCUUCUGUCUCGGGAGGGCUACGAAGGCUUCGAGUCCAGUGUCUCCAUUGCCCACCUGGAGAACCGACUUGCUGCCGCGCUGUCCCUCGGGGCCAAGGAAGAGUUCCGCCUGUAUCUCUCCAUGUAUGCGAAGAGACUCGGCGCGGAAGGCUUGAAAAUGAAGGUAGAGGAGCUGCUGAAGGGAUUGAUCGGCGGGCUAUUCGAGGAGGACGACACAGGCGUUGUCCGCCGCCUACAGGACAACGAGCAGGACGACCGGAAUUGGCGAGAAAGCUCGGAGACUCUCUGUGGCUGGCCACGGGAGGUGCUAUUGAAGGAAGUCAUCCUGGCACUUGGAAAACAUCGUGAUCUCCAACGAGUGACGGUACCGUACGCCAAGCUCCUGGGAGUCGUGGACAACGAAUCCGAGGCCGGCGAUGCCAUGGAAACGUAG